AUGCGUUAUAAGAAAACGGAAAUCUGUCAAACUUGUGCAAAAUUGAAGAACGUCUGUCAAACAUGCUUACUAGAUUUGCAAUACAAUCUCCCAGUUCAAGUCCGUGACACGGCACUUAACAUCACGAAUGAUGCACCAAGAUCAGAAAUAAACAGAGAAUACUUUGCGCAAAACAUUGAGGGAAAGAUUGCUGCCGGUGAAAGCUUAAUAAGCUAUGGGAAGGCCGAUUCGACCGGAACCUGCACGCGUGGCGAUGAGUGCCCCUAUAGGCACGAAAUACCGGAAGAAAACGAAUUAUCACACCAGAAUAUCAAAGAUCGUUAUUAUGGUACAAACGACCCAGUGGCUAAAAAGAUAUUGAAUCGCAUAAAGGGCGGUGGGAAUUCAAAUAUUACACCGCCAGAAGAUAAGUCUAUAACAUCGCUAUUUCUAACUGGUGUGGAAGAAGACAUUGACGAAACGGAUUUAAGAGGGCAUUUCUAUGCUUUUGGUGAGAUAAAAUCUGUCGUGGUGGUUCACAAGUCGAAAUGCGCUUUCAUAAAUUACGCGACGAGGACAUCGGCUGAACAAGCCAUAGAGAGGUCUCACAGCAAUUUAAAUAUAAAAGGGCACGAGUUAAAGAUAGCUUGGGGUCGACCAAGACCUACGGGACCCAAAACCGAAGUACAGGCAUCUAUGGCGCCUCAGGGUAUCAUUCUUCCACCACUGGAAUCAUUGGAAAUUCCGGCCCCACCCGGUGAAAAUCCUCCCGGUUUUCUUUAUCCUAGUCAAGAUCCGACUUACCAAGGAUCGUCAAACAAAAGCUGA